UUAACUAAAAACUAAAAAGAUUAAAGCGCUGACGUGGCACUGCAUCAUGCUUGUAGGCGGGACUUGAAUACUGUUGUCAACAUCCCAAUGUAAGAUUUUCACCAAAAUGGCUGAUCACCGAGAAGAUGGUCAGGAUGACCCUGAGAGUGAGGAAGAGGCGUACGAGGUGGUGGACCUGACUGAGUAUGCCAGGCAGCACCAGUGGUGGAGCAGAGUGUUCGGGAACAACUCUGGCCCUAUUGCUGAGAAGUACUCUGUGGCAACGCAGAUCAUGAUGGGAGGUGUGACCGGAUGGUGUGCGGGCUACCUGUUCCAGAGAGUAGGGAAAAUAGCUGCAACAGCUGCAGGUGGAGGAUUUUUAUUGUUACAGAUCGCCAAUCACAGUGGGUACGUCCAGGUGGAUUGGAAGAAGGUGGAGAAAGAUGUCAACAAGGCCAAGAAGCAUCUGAAGAAAAAAGCCACAAAAGCAGCCCCUGAAAUAAACUCCUUCAUUGAGGAGGUAAAGGCCACUGAGUUUGUGAAGAGGAACAUUGUCUUAUCCAGUGGGUUUGUAGGUGGAUUUCUCCUGGGCCUGGCCUCCUAAAGACACAACAUUCCCCAGGUCCACCCCUUGAUAACCAAGGAGUCCAUCACCACACAAAGCUGUCCUUACUGUGAAGUGUCGCCAUAGAGAAUGUUGUUGUUACGCUGCAUCCCUGUUCUCUUAGCUUUGGGUACCUCUCCCACCCUCCUGUAAAUGUGUAAAGAAAAAAGACAUAUGUAAUGGGAGAGGGGUGCACAAACAUUCUAGGGAAGAUGAUUGGGAUGCAGGGAUUCUAAUGUGUUUACUGUGAAUACUCCAUUUCCCAGCAUGCUCGUCGCAUUUUUGGGUCUCCCUCCUUGAUUGUAUGUCUUUUAUGGAUACUGAUCUGUUGAUUUGGUCUGGAUAUGUACAUGUUAAGCAGAUCCUUAGACAUGUAUGGAGGAAUCUCCAGGGAGAGACAGUGGUAUACAUAUAUCACUAGAUCAUAAACUCACAACCUCCUACGCCAAAAUGUAUGUUAUACAUAUACACUACAACAUUUAAAAUAGUAUUUCUCUAGCCAUUGAAACACUAAAAACCCUUUGUUGCUCUCCAAGAACUGGUAUAGGGAGGUCAGUCUGUUCCUAUAUAACAGGUCUAGUAUGCACUAUAUUAUAGUACAGUACUCUACUAUAGUACUGUACUAUAUUAAAACAGGCCUAGACCUUCUGCAACACAAUCACCAUGAGCUGUUCACCAAAACCUGGUUCCAGACCUGUUGUUAAUGACAUAAUGCCAUGACCAUGUUUGUUUUUCAUAGAUGUAUCAGUGUAGCAGUAGGACAUAGGCAAAGCUGCCAGGUCAUGGGUACCCUAUAUUAUACUGUAAUGUUUACAUUAGAUAUAUUUUUGAGUGGUGAAGUGGUGUUGAGUUUUCCAGUUGCUUCUUGUCUCGCCUUUAUUUAAUGGUGCCAUAUUUAACAUAGUUUCCUUAAGGUGGAUUGUUUUGUUUCUUUAAAACCCUAACUUCUGCUUGUUACCUUUUUUUAACUUGGGUUUAGUCAAAACCAAGCUUAAUUGUAAGGUUUUUCUGUUGUAACAUGUUUCACAUUUUUUAAUAAAAUUGCCUGAAUUUUGA